CCGCUCACUGCCUCACUGUGACUCGGGCUCUCGCCGCCGUCGCAUCGCUCCGCAGUCCGUACUCGGCCCCCGGCGCGCUCGAUCAGCUGUCCGCGACGCGACCCACCGUCGACAGAACCAGCAGGCAGUGCCCAGAUUAAGCCGCGGUGCGGUGUGCCAUGGAGCUGCUGUGUGCGGAGCGCGUGAGCCCCGCGAGCUGCGAGGGUGCGCCGGCGCCGGCGCCCGCCGCCGCCGUCGACCCGGUGCUGUUGCGCCGCCGCGUGCUCGACAAUCUCCUGCGAACCGAGGAGCGCUACGCCGUCACGGCCAACUACUUCGGCACCGUGCAGACCGACAUCACGCCAAUCAUGCGCCGGGUCGUCGCCGAGUGGAUGCUUGAGGUGUGUGAAGAACGCAGUUGUCAAGAGGAGGUGUUCCCACUGGCGAUAUCCUAUUUCGAUAGGUUUCUAAGCACGUGUAGAAUUGGGAAGAGCCAGCUGCAAUUACUAGGGACCGCGUGUCUACUGCUCGCCUCGAAACUACGGGAGCCGAGUUCGAGGGGCCUUCCCGCGGACCUGCUGGUCUUCUACACCGCCAACAGCGUCACACUAACAGAUCUAUGUAGCUGGGAGUUGCUAGUGCUGUCGAAGCUGAAGUGGGACGUGGCGGGCGUGACGGCGCACGACUUCCUGCCUCUUCUGAUGUCACGCCUGCCGCUCAGGGGCCGUGUUAACACGGAGAUGAUUCAUCGGCACGCGCAGACUUUCAUCUCCCUUGCUGCUAGAGAUAUUGAGUUUACCUUGUACUCGGCGAGCACGCUGGCUUCGUGUAGCAUCGCUGCAGCGCUGCGAGGUCUCGGCCAUGAUGGCCAACUGACUCGCCUGCACGAGCUGACCGGCAUAGACUCCGACUGUCUUCAAACAUGCCUCGAACAAAUAGAGGAAAUGGUGCAAAGAGUGAUCGACGAACGUGGCAUCUCGGUCCCAAACGGUCAGGGCAGGGAGGCGGCGGGCUGGACCCCCCCUCCCUCGCAGGACAAGGGUCACAGUAAUGCUGCCACCCCUACCGACGUGCGAGACGUGCAUUUCUAACGUCAUGUCACCCUUACCGUGACGUCACGUGAACUAAGUGAGGAACUUUGCUUUAAUUGCGGUGCGGUAGUACGAGAAUACUAUAAACUAGAGGAUAGAUGAACGGUGCAUCCGUGAUCGAGGACUGAUAUUAAGACUGACAAUCGCAUGUGUUUAGCGUAGGUAUACUACGCGUCGCACAAAACAUCGCCGACGUUCUUAAAAAGCAUAAAAUUACCUACGAGUAGGGUACUUCUUUCGCAAUAAUUGUAAAAAUUGCCCUCUACACACGUCGGCGGUCUUUUUCCGUGACGCGUCCUAUAUUACAUAAUGCACGUGUAGUCUAAGGAUUUAGUAUGGACGUAGUUGUUAUAGUGAGCCCUGCGUGCUACUUUUUAGCCUCUAGUCUAGAAUAUUUCGACAGAGGCGUCGCACUGAAGGAUACAAAAUUGUUUUGUUAUAAGAAAUACAAUUAUAUCUUCCAGUUCUAGUUGAUAUCUUGAAAUUACAAUCUACCUCUUAUUUUUAAGAUACAGUUCUGCUUGAUACAUCUGUUAAAAACAAUAGUUUUUGUUUAAAUUCUUAGAGAUAGCAAUUAUCGACUCGUUCUAUUAUAAACCCAUUCUUCAGCAUCGAAGACAUUGACCUACUAAAGAUGUAAAGUUUCCUAUGCACCAAUAAUGGGCUUAUAAUAGUAUAAGUCCAAUUUACUUGUACGGGACCAAAGUACACUUCUCCGAUGCGAUGUUGUGGUAGGUGAGAAUUCAGUUUCGCUUUAAAAUCAAAUUCUAUUUAUUUCGUAUUUAAUUACUCGUAUUAAUGAUCAUUUGUGAAUAAAAUAAAUCGAAUGGAAUCGAAUCUGAAACUCAAAUGGACAAUCGGCAUUUCUAUCAAUAAAAUAUAAAACAUCUUUCUACAUGCGUAGCAGAACGGGACUUUGUUAUCUGUAUAUCGGGGGAAGGCAAUAAAUUACGCUUUUAAUAUGUAAAAACUAAUAUAGUAUGUAUAGUAACUAUAUCAAUCGUUGACAGAAACAAAUAUAAUUAGAAAAUGACAAAAUCACCACAGUUCUUCUGAAUUAUACUUUAAAAUAUAUAGACGCAUAUAUUAUAAUAUUAUAUAAUAUUGAUAAUUUACAUACCUAUGUAUAAAGUAGACAAAGGGCUAAUGUUUUCGUUAUAAAGAUUUAUUGUACUAUGGGCGCCAGCAGAAUAUUUUUAAGGGAUGCAUAGUAAUUUAUUAAUUUUUAAGUAAAUUAAAAAAAAAACCUACAGAUUACUUUAGUCAAUGAAAACCAAUAAUAUUUUUUUUAGUAUAUUCGAAUAUAUAUUUUUUUUCAUACAAAAUUGUAACACAGUUUUCAAAACUAAUGCAUCCCUUAAAAACGCAAGUGACAUGCAAUUUGUGACUAUAUUUUUUUAAUAAGUGAACCGAUUUGCAUUUAAUAAAUAUAUAUUUGAUAAUUUGUAGCGAACCCCCAAUCAGACCAUUUUUCUUAAGUCUGUACUCAAAAUAAAAUUCGUUUACUUCAAUUAAAUUUUAAGAAGAGGCGCCAAAAAUAAAAUCAAAAUAACAAAGCCUAAGCCCUGCUUCAAAUGUAGCCUAACUACCCUCGAAAACAGUAUGAACACUUCAUUAUUUUUGAGUUCUUCUUGGAAAAACCGACAAAUAUACAGACCAAAAAGAUGUUUUGAUAUCAAAUUAAUUUUAUUUUAAUAUCCUACCUACUUCAUUUUUAUAUUUUAUGAGUGCGGUUUUCUAUAACUUUUUUUUUUCAAUAAAACACCUCCAAACUCUUAACUCAUGAUUGCUGUAGGCGCCCAUGCUUCUCACUAAGUUUGUAGGCAUUUGUUUGUUCCUUUACAAUAAAAUAUUGUACCAACAUAUAUUAGCAUUUAAGUGCCUAACAUUUAAUGUGAUAGUGUUAGAAAAUAGAUAUAAUUUCAAUUCAUAGUCACUUCCAGUCAUAAUAUGUUAAAUUAGGGGUACUAUGUAGUUGAAAUAAUAGAGGAAAAUAAAAAAAAAUGUGAUUUAUAUCAUUGCUAAGUUAGGGUUAUGUUUAGUGAAUAUUAUAAUAUUUGUUCCUACAAUCUCUGAUCGUAAAAAUGCAAUAGACUAGUUCCAUAGUUUUGUACUUAACUUUGUUAUACUAGGUACAGACACUAAAAAUUAACAUUAACUAAAUACGUUAUAAUAAUGUGAUAUAUUUCCACAGAUAAUUACUUUAUUAUAGGACUUAAGUAAGGCGCGGAUAUUAGAUAUAUUAUAGAAAUAGUAAGUGUUAAAACUAAUGGUAUACAUAUAUUAAUGUAAGAUUUAUAAAAAUCGUUUAUAGUAGUUUGCUCUGCAUUUAUCAUAAGUUGAAAUAUUGUUAUUGACUUUUUGUCCAGUGUCUUCCAUUUCUAUAAUAUAUGUAUCGAAUGUAGCCGUUUAAUCAAUGCAAACGAAAUAUAAUAUGUUGACUUAGAUAAUAAUUUAAACUUAAUACUUUUCAAUUUUUCUUAAAGAUUUAUUAUAUAGUAAUCGACAUUGUAAAUAUAAAAUAUUUUUCUCGAUAGAUAUAUUAUAUGUAAAUAUAAACUAUUGUGCUGUAAGCAUGUGGUGCCAUAAUAACACUACUGUAAAAGUAUUUUGUAAUAUUAAUACAAAUAAAAUUUCCUUUUACUUAUUAUCUAGGACCAUAAAACAGAUAUUUACUAGUUAGUAUGGUUGUGGUAUUACUACCUAAAUAAGACCGUUCAAAUUUGGACUCUAUUUUUUAUAGACAUACAUACUAUAUUUAACUGUAUAAAUUUAUGUGGGAAAAUAUACGCAUUAAAAAUAUUAUAUUUAAUGCUUUGGCUUUGACGGGCUUUUUAAUAGGUUAAGAGAUAUGGGCCUCUAGCCAAGUGGCACGUCGAUUCUCUUCUACAAACGUUAACGCUUCGAAAACUAAUAAAAUGUAUAGGAAUGACAGAUCCGAUCGACAACUUGAUCACGUGACUUAUGGAUCAUGAACGUCAUUCCUGUACAUUUAUUAAUUUUUGAAGCGUUAGCGAUUGUAGAAAUGGAAUCGACGUGCCACAUGGCUACGGGCCCUAGUUACGCAAUUAGUGUAAUAUGUAGGUGUAUAGAAAAAACCCAGAAUUUUCCACCAGUGUAUAUAAUUUAGGGAGCUUCAAAACUCUCUUGCGAAGUGAUCUUUAAUUUUUUAUUAUUUUGUCGCUCGGUUUAUAUUUUUUUAUUUAAGAGACUAAAUUCUAAAGGUAUAAUUAUUAAACGCGGAGUUGCGUAAUUUUGAUUUUUCAUGUGAUUAUUAGUAGUUUAAGUAGUUACUAUCGGUAUCGUAUGAUUGUUGCAAAUUGAGAUGUAGAUAUUUAAAAACAAAAUCGCAAUAAAAAUAUAUAAAAAUA